AUGGGUGAAGGCCGACGAGGUGGAGAGACUGUUGGGGGUCUGGGUGACGCCGGUCGGUUGCUGCGCGCCCACCUGGGAGAAGGCAUUCGCACGGAUAAAGGAGAAACUGAGGCAGUGGGAGGUGCAACACCUGACGACCAGGGCGAGAGCAGCAGUAAUAAACUGUUACAUCUCACCUAUCAUCUUCUUUCAGGCGCAGACAAAGCCUUCAUUAUGUGGAGCAAGGAGUUGCUGUACAUGGCUAGAGAGGAUGGGGGUAUGGGGGUGUGCGAUCCGGAGAUAGCCCUCACCUGUCUCACGGCGAGGCGUAUCGGCUUACUCCUCACUGAGACAAACGAGCUGAAACGGGACAUUAUGCUCAAGGCUGCUGACUUGCCGCUGGGGCUGGACACAUUUGUUUCUCAUGUCAAGCUCCUGAAGUGCUGGAGUGGGAAGAGUGAGCGAUGGAAGCUGGCUUGUGGCAACUUCAUACAAUCGCCGCUGGCCGACACAUCACCUGCACUGUCAUGGGCGGAGGCAGAGAAGGAGAGGAUCAAUUUCAACCGACAUAUUUUGCUAAACGGGAGGACUCUGGUGGGAGGGCAGAAGGCGGCGGAGAAGCUCUGGGAGGUCCGGCUUAGCGACUUGCUAAGCCCGGACGGUGCGGGGGGCCGGCGGCCUAAGGACGUAAAGCUCCUGGCGAAGGAGCUAGGCGGUACCAAACAAGCGAAGCUGGCGCUGCGGGCCUGGGAUGCAGUGCCGCAGAACUGGAAGCUGCUCCUUCUGCCUGCCGAGCAACAGGAGGGGGACGUUUUGGCUCCGAGGGCUCCCCUCCAGAGAACCCUCGUGCUCAGCGGUGGGCAGCUGACGUCGCUGAGGGAGCUGAAGGGAUGCUGGCAACAGAAGAAACAUCAGUCCGCAAAGAGAGAGCUGUGGGCGGGCAGAUGGGGAGGAGAAAUUAACUAG